AUGAAAAUGAAAGUCACUGAAAUCCAGGCAAUCCAGAAGAUCUCCGAAACCUUCUGGAAGACGGCCCAGAAGCCAGGUGGUAGAAAGAAAACCUCGACAAGCCUACAGCGCCAACAGCUCGAAAGGCUCGAAUCGGAGUUCAAGGUCGACAAGUACCUGAGCGUAAGCAAGAGAAUGGAACUAUCCUCUGCACUGAACCUCACGGAGGUGCAGAUCAAGACGUGGUUUCAGAACAGAAGGACAAAAUGGAAGAAACAGAUGACAGCUCGGAUGAAGCUGGCUCAACGGCAAGGCUUGUGGCCACCUCAUUAUCUCGCAUCUGGUCCCACGUUCAACCCAUUCCUCGGGCCAGGAUUCCUUGCCAGCGGUCCACCAUGUGAUCAGCGAUCCAUGGUGUUAGGUGCGAACCCUUCUAGCCCCGUGUCAUCCUCACCGCAGACCAGAGAUGAUGAGGACAGUUCGUCUGGUGAUAGAAAGUAGCGCCUCUCUUCAAUGAGACUGUUUGAACUGUGAUCAUGAACAAGCGUAGUUGUGGUGCACCGAUUGUGGAAACGCUGAACUAUAGUAAAUGAGGUAUACGUUUCAGAUGGUACACACGACUACACGUGGCAAUGCGUGUUGUGUAGGAAAUACAUAGUAUGGAAGAUAUGAUUGGCACAUAACGCCUAAUGGCGUAUUUAAACAAGCUGGACGCGAGCGAAUGACCACAGCGCGCAGCACUUCUCAUUGACGUAAGUGCCGAGCGGCGAAGGCAAUUUGAAAAUUAUAAAUUUAAUCAAACACAAAUAGAAUCAAAUAUCUGUGUAGAACAUGCGCAAUAUUACUGUACAGUCCCCUGCCUAAAAUGUAUAAGGAAUAUAGAAAUGUUUCAUAUUGACAAAAUAACGUGUAUGACGUGUAAAAUAGGACGCAUAAUGCUGUAAAUAAUCGAGAAACCAAGCCGCCCAACUGGUAGCAGUUAUAAUAAUAAUAAUAAUUUGGAGUUAGCAUUGGAGUUUAAGGUUGAGGAAGAACGGACAAGGAAGGUAAUAGUGGAUAAUUAUCUAGUUGUCUUGUCUUUCAUUCCUCUCUAUACGUCCUUUCAUCUCAACGGCGUCAUUGCGUGUCCAGCUGGGUGCCAAACGUGUACAAAGUAGUAUAGUUCGGGAUAAAUAGAGCUGAGAGCGACUAGUGGUUUCUCUGCGUGCAAGAAUGCUAAUACAUCUCAUGUGUGUCCGUUGAAAUGAGUAUACCACGAUUACGCCUUCGAGGUCAGUGAGAGCACCCGUAACUACUCUAAUCGGCCGGUCCAUUUCUUAUUAUUGGUCUUACACUUUCGCCCAAUCACAGCAGUACUCGGCGUUAAGUGGUAUAACACGCUACAAUAACUCGCUCUUAGCCAAUCAUCAUUCCGAAUUCUGGAAAAUUGGAUGGACCCGCCUAUUUCGGACGCUUCACAUCUUGUAAAAUGCCUCCUGAAGACACGUCGUGUUUCAAAUAAGUCAGGAUAAAGGAUAUCGUUCUGUACGCCAGUUGGCUGUUUUAACAGUGUGCAUUCCCAAAACAGAACUUUACAACAUCACACGGGCGAGGCCAACAAACGCUCACUCAUGAUUUCCUGAGAAAGCGGGGCCUAUUGGCCACACUGCGAGCGUUAACGCGCUUUAUGAGAAGUAACAUCGCCCUGCUUGAUUAUUUAAUAGGGACUGGAGACGUCAUGAGACAGUUUCUUUCAAAACCUAUUUUACAACCUUGCCAAUUUCAGGUUCGCACA